AUGUCGGAUAAUUCUAUAUCUCCAUUGGAGCCUACACCAAAAUACGAGUGCGCAAUAUGUCUCAAGAGAUACAAGCGACGUGAGCACCUUUUUCGCCACAUCAGUUCCCAUACGUCACAGCGACCACAUCAAUGCACCUCCUGCAAUGGAUCUUUCCAGCGCGCAGAUGUGCUGAAACGUCACAUGCGAACCUGUGAUGGUGGAAGUUCCAGAGCAGCCAACAGGAGACGGGCCUGUGAUCGCUGUGUUCGUCAGAAAAAGGCUUGUAGCUCACAUCAACCAUGUCACAGUUGUGCGAAAAAAGGUUCCCAGUGCUGGUAUCCUACAGAGGCAGGGUCUUCUUCACGAUCUCAACGUGGAAGCGUCGACGAGGGAACACCUAGAAAUGCAGAGAUCAACCCCUCGACACUGGGUCUUACACCACCCCCAGCGAAUCCCAUGAUGCCUUGGGGAUUUACGAGUGAUGAGUUACAAGCCCUGGGAACGAGUCCACAGGAAACAUUUUUCGGUACAGCACCUACUCAAUUUUUCCAACCAGAAUGGCAGGAUGCUGCUAGCUUGGCCUCUGAGACAAUGGCAAUCUUUGAGCCUUCCGCAUCGAACGAAGACUCGCGUCAAUCCUUGAGAUUUCUGGACAAAUUUACUAGCAACACUGGUCUAGUGUCAAGUUUUGACUGUGGUACUCAAGAACAGAGAGAAAAACUGUCUGCAGAGUUGGACCGACAAAUAUCUCUUCAACUACAGCACAGAAUCAUGUCAUUACCAGCGCUCGGCAUGAAUGUUCCAUCCCCGACAAUUUUGGAGACCAUCAGCGAUACAAGCUCCACCGAUGAGUUUCCACUAGAUUGGUUCAAUGAUCCGUUGUCUUUGAAAACCCAUGAAAUUCUUCUCCUAAUCGAAGAAGUCGUGACAAUAAAACCGCGGAAUAGUUCCGUGACUCUGGAAUGGUCCCCCGCACUACGAUCUGCAUGUCUACAAUUCUUUUCGCCCUCCAACCUGAGGAGAUUCUUGGGAUUCUAUUGGGCGAUAUGGCAUCCUAAUGUCAAUUUUGUGCACAGGCCUACCUUUGACCCACUGGCCGCGAAGCCAACAGUUCUAGCAGCGAUGGCUCUUAUCGGUGCGUGCGUAUCUUCUGAUAUGCCUGAAAAUGAAGACGCGAAAACAUGGUUCAAUUGUGUCGAGGAAAUGGUCUUCAUAGAUGAUGACUUCAACAGUGAUAUGACCUAUCCGCCGUGCGGCAGCAUGGCCACCCAGCGGCGCAAAAUCCAAGCGCUCCAGGCUGCAUAUAUAGUCUGUCUAUAUCAGAAUUGGGAAGGCACCGAUGCGAGCAAGAGUCGCAUCCGACGCUACCGAUUCGGCACCCUUGUGUCGACUGCUAGAGACAUUGGAAUCACAUCAGCUAGACAUCUAAAUUACAGCGAGCAAGGUCGGCAUGAUUUUGAAUGGAAAGAAUAUGCGGCGAGGGAAGAGUUGAUACGUGUUUUCUCUUGGAUAUAUCUACUGGACUCGGCAUUUGUGAUUUUCAACAACCUCCCACCGAGAAUGCUCAUCAAAGAGAUGAGAUUACACAUGGCAACACCAGAAGCAUGUUUCCAAGCAACAACAGCAGACCAAUGUCAUGAGCAGAUCCAAACUUCACUCCCGGCACGAAGUUUGUAUUGGUCAAUAUCGUUCCGCGGGGCCUUCGAGUCACUAUGUAAAGACGAUCCCUCGACGGACAUCCACGGUCUCGUCGCCACAUUAUGUCCAUUGAAUUUGUUCGCACUGACAUCCGCGAUCCAUUCGCAAAUAUUCCAGUUCCGCAGUGUAGUAGGAAGUUUCCAACUCCUAGCUCCUAUACGCAACGCCUUAAGUAACUGGCGUGCUAUCUGGCAAUCCUUUUCUUCAAACUUCCCCCAGGGCCUAUCCCCACACAUGACGAUUGAAGACCCUCACAUUCAACCUGGGGAGUUAUGGACCAGGAUGGGAUUCUGUCGCUACGCCCCAGAGUAUUGGCUUUUAGCCCAGCUGAUGGCGGAUCGUCUGGCAGUGCUGGGGACAUCGCAGCAAGUGAAUGAACUGGAGCCACUAGAAGAAGGGCCACUGGAUCCGAUCUUGAACAAAUAUGACCAAACCAGCAUGCGACAGGUGAAUGAUCUGAUCAUGGGCUUCCAGACGUUUCAAAUCUGA